UGCAUACAUACAAACAUGGAGUGAGCUUUCCGUUCCCUCCUUUUCCUCCUAGAAUUAAACAAGUGCGGUGCAGCAGCGCAGCGCAUGCAUGUCACUCGAACUCGACCCCCUACCUCGCCAUCUCAUCCACAGUGCUCUCCGUCUAGCUCCUCCUCCGAGCUCCCCAUUUAAAUACCACCCUGCCUCCCUCCAUAGUGAGCACUACCCACACUACACACUAGAAGCUCACAGCAACCACCUCAUCAACCUAAGCUAGCUAGCUCACGCCUCAGAGCGCAAGCUAGGCGGUUGCAGUAGCGGCAGCAGUAUAGUAGCCAGCCAGCCUCACUUCACUUCUGCCAUGAGCAUCCGCAGCAGCAGCGGCGGCAGCGGUGGCGGCCAGACCUCCCAGAUGAUGGCGUUCUCGGAGCAUUCGCUGCCGAAGCCGAUCGCCGGUCACCCGCAGCCGCAGCCGUCCCCGCCUUCUUCGCCGAGCGAGCGGCCGGCGCCGCGUGGCAGGCGGCGCGCGCAGGAGCCCGGGCGCUUCCUGGGCGUGCGCCGGCGGCCGUGGGGCCGGUACGCGGCGGAGAUACGCGACCCGACGACCAAGGAGCGGCACUGGCUCGGCACCUUCGACACGGCGCAGGAGGCCGCCCUGGCCUACGACCGCGCCGCGCUCUCCAUGAAGGGCGCGCAGGCGCGCACCAACUUCGUCUACGCGCACGCCGCCUACAACAACUACCCGCCGUUCCUGGCGCCGUUCCACGCGCAGCCCGCCUACGCGUCCUCGACCAUGCCGUACGGCGGCCAGCAGCACGCGGGCGCGGCGCCGCCGCACAUUGGGUCGUACCACACCCACGGCGGCGUCGGCUACCACCAGCAGGGCCCGGGCGCCGGCGCGGGCGAGUGCUCCAUGCCGGUGCCCAAUGCCGCCGAUCACGCCGCCAGCCCGAUGGACGUGCGCAGCAGCGGCCACGACUUCCUCUUCCCCAGCGCCGACGACAACUCCGGGUACCUGAGCAGCGUGGUGCCGGAGAGCUGCCUCCGACCCCGCGGCGGCGACCUGCAGGACGCGCGGCGGUACUCGGUGUCCGACGCCGACGCCUACGGGCUGGGCCUCCGGGAGGACGUGGACGACCUGGCGUCGAUGGUGGCCGGCUUCUGGGGCGGCGCCGACGCGGCAUACGGCGGGUUCGCCCCCGCGAACGGCGGUGGCCACGACAUGGUCGCCUCAUCGCAGGGCUCCGACAACGGCUACUCACCCUUCAGCUUCCUCUCCCACUGAAGCAGACGCGCCGGCCGGCAUUGCUCUCACUUAAUGGCCGAUCUGCUGUGCUCGCCAUCGACCAUAGCUAGCUAGUGUUUGUUUCUCGAGUUGGAUCGAUCGGUCGGUCGAUCAUAGUACGUACGUAGCAGCAGUAGAAGAUCGACGAGGAAGAAGAGUGGCUUGUUUCGGUGCCCUAGCUUAGCUAGCUCCAUCCAUGUACCUAGGCUCUUUUAGCAGCACUAUUACCACGUACCGUCUACUAGUAAGUUUUCAUGCAUGCACGAGUGACAUGCUUAAUUUUUA